GGAGAACAUCACUGGACCCUUGGUGCCGACUGCCGGAAUUUUCUACUGUAAUUUCUGGGACUGCUAACUACUCUAGUCCUGCGAAGUGCUGGUAUAAAGCUCCCGGCAACGCGCCUUUGAAUCAGAGUCAUUUGUUACUGCAAUUCCCUCAAACUUAUACCCCGUCGCCCUUCUCUCGCUGCAUUCGCGCACCGCACUCCUUCAGGUAAAUUUCGAGACAAAUAUCAAAAUGGGCAACUUCUGUGCAUACACCCUUGGGUUCUUUUUGCCGCCGCUGGUAGUGGCCCAAAGACGUGGCUGCGGUGCUGAUUUUCUGAUUAACUUGGCCAUGUGUUGUUUAGGAUGGUUGCCUGGUGUUAUCCACGCCUGGUAUAUCAUUUCACAUCAUGAAAAGAAGGUGUACGAGAGUAACUGUUAGAUUAUCAGAAGCAGAAUGGGG